AUGGUGCUUUUUAGUCAACUUCCAUCAACAAAGAAGAAAGAGACAAUGCCGAAAAUGGAUACAACGCCCCGCGUUGCAUUUGUUUCAAAUCCAUCGAUGGUAUCCAUGGUAUUUCCAACAAAACCAACAUUGAUCAAAGAUGAAAAAACAAUGCAUCGUCGUCGUUCAAUCGUCCGUGAAUUUGCUUUGAAUACAUCGACACAUGGCCUUCCAGGUAUUGCUCGCAGUGAAAGCAUACAUAAUCGUAUAUUUUGGUCAAUUUCAUUUCUUUGUUUUACUGCUGUUAUGAUUUAUUUUGUGACUACAGCAAUUUUAUCCUAUUUCGGUUAUCCAACACAGAUAAAUGUAGAUAUAAUUACAGAAUGGCCACAAUAUUUUCCAGCAGUGAGUAUUUGUAAUGGUGCACCAUUUCAUCUUGAUCGGUUCAUUAGACCAUUUUUAAACUAUACAUAUGAACAGAAUUUAAUCAAUUCAACUAAUACAAGUACAAUACCUGCAUAUCUAGCUUCAUCUAUUUUGAAUUUUCUAAUACAUAAGACAAAUAAGAAUGAAUCAAUGGACUCUUAUUUAUUUUCACUUUCUUCAAUGCUCUACAAAUGUACAUUCAAUAAUUUACCGUGUUCAAUAGAAAACUUCACUACAUUUAACUCAGCAUUUUAUGGUCGUUGCUACACAUUUAAUGCUAAAAUGAAAAGUAAUAGUAACAAUAGUGUACGAUAUGUAAAUCACAAUGGUGGAAAUGGUGUACUCGAUUUGGAAUUUUAUGUGCAUAGUCAUCAAUAUGUUCCUUAUUUCUGGAAAGGCGCUGGUAUGGUAUCUCUGGUACAUGAUAAUACCCAAUUGCCACUGAUUGACUCAUUUGGAGUACUAUUGACACCAGGAAAGUCACAUAAAUUGGGAUAUAAAAAGAAGACAACUUUCUUAUUAUCAUCUCCAUACACAUCAUGUACUAACAAUAUUCCUCUACCGAUGGAAAUUAUGUUUAAUACUUAUUAUUAUGGUGCCGAUUAUAGUUAUUCUGAAACAGUUUGUUAUGAACUUUGUGGACAAACUUAUGCGUAUGAAAAAUGUGGUUGUGUCAAUCCUUUUCUCUGGAAUGCUCGUUCAAUUGUUUUGCCAGAUACAAACAAUGUUGUUUUAGCACCUCUUUGCAAUAUGACCAAUACUCCUACGCCUUGUUAUACUCAAGCAGUUGAUGAACUAUUAAAUAGUCUUUCCCUUCGACAAAAAUAUUGCUCGGAUUGUUCACAACAGUGUUCAAUAAUCGAUUUUAUUAUUCACAAAUCAGCAUUAGCAUCACCACUUGAAUGGCAAAUGGAUGGGAUCAAAGCAUUUGUCGAAAGUUCUACGAUUCCAUUACCAUCAGAUUGGUUGACAGAAUGGCGUUCACAUAUUAAAACGAAUUAUCUGGCUCUAAGUGUUGUCUGUGAAACGACUAUCGUUGAAAAUAGUACACAAACAGCACAACUUGGUAUAGUUGAUGUUCUCUCAAAUAUUGGAGGUCAAACUGGUUUAUGGAUUGGAAUUAGUUUUCUCUCAGUCAUGGAAUUUAUUGAAAUGCUCUACCGAGUGAUUCGAUAUCAAUUGCAUUCGAUUAGACUCGCAAGACGAAAAAACAAACAAAUAAGAUCAUGA